AUGUAGUGUAUAUAUUUAUAUAUAAAGUAAAUGUAACCUGACAUAUGCAUUUUAACCAACUUUAAUUUGUUAUUUAAACAAGCUAAGAUUUAAAAAAGUCAUAACUACACACAAUGGAAAAUGGGACAACUAUUAUUGUUAAGUGGAAUGGACAAGAGUACGAAAUUAAAGAUCUUCAAAAUGACACUACUAUUCACUUAUUAAAAGCAAGAAUUUAUGAAGAAACAGGAGUUAGACCUGAUAGACAAAAAUUGUUGAAUUUAAAAUGUAAAGACAAAGGACUGGGUGAUGAUCAGACCAUCGGUAUGCUGAAUAUUAAACCUGGCUUCAAACUGAUGAUGAUGGGUUCCACAGAAGAAGAUAUCGCAGAAGCAAGCCGAGCUCCUGAAAAUGUAUCUGAAGUAAUCAAUGAUCUCGAUGUUGAGCAGGAUGUUGAAGAUAUCGAAGUUGAAAAUGCAGAAGUAUAUCUGGCUAAAAUACAGAAAAGAAUUGAGAAUUAUAAAAUAGAAGAGUUGAAUGCCCCAAGGGAAAAUAAAAAAUUAUUAGUUCUUGAUAUCGACUACACAUUAUUCGACCACAGGUCCGUCGCGUCCAGUGGUAUUGAAUUAAUGCGACCAUUUCUUCAUGAAUUUCUCACAAGAGCUUACAAACAUUACGACAUCGUGAUCUGGUCAGCCACAAGUAUGAAGUGGAUCAACGAAAAAAUGAAACUUCUGGGCGUAACGGAUAAUCCAAACUACAAUAUAACUUUUCAUCUUGACUACCUUGCAAUGAUUACUGUCCACACCCCGAAAUAUGGUCUCGUUGAUGUGAAACCACUUGGGGUUAUUUGGGGAAAGUAUCCAGGAUAUUCGCCAAAAAAUACUAUAAUGUUCGACGAUAUCAGAAGAAAUUUCAUAAUGAAUCCUGGUUCUGGAUUGAGAAUUAAGCCUUUCAAACAGGCUCACUUAAAUCGAGACAAAGACAAGGAACUGCUCAAGCUCGCUGAUUAUUUGGAAGCUAUUGCUGAGGUUGACGAUUUUCAAACACUCAAUCAUCGUAAGUGGAAAGAACACAAAAAUAAAAAAUCUCAUCGCAAACGUCCACACAGGACUGAAGACAACAGUCAGAAUAUAUAGUUUAUAUAUUUAAAAAAAAAAGCUUUAAAUUAUCGACGUUUUUCUAGCAUUUUUGUAAAGAAAUUUUCUUAAUUUAAUCUUACUUUAAAAUUUAAUUGUCAAAUUAAACAUAUCUUCAUUAAUUGACUUCGUUAUUAUUGUCUGGGCUUUUUUCAAACUCAAGUUGGUUCUAAAUAAUUAUUAUAUAUUUGCAAUGCAGACUAGUAGAAGUUGUUACAGUCGAACUCCAUUAACUCGGAUUCCAAUAAUUCGGAACUUUCACUCAAUCUUCACCCCUACUACGAACUGCGUUGUCUCCAACCGAUGUUAUACAUUUGCAAGUGUGUUUAUUUAUGUCAUCAUUCAUGCAGAUGUGCGCAUACGUCAUAGUUUACAUUUUAAGAGAGAAGGGGCAUCCGUUAACUCAGAAAUUCCAAGAAAUUUCCGCUCUGUAGACGAACUGUCUGAGUUAAUGGAGUUCGACUGUAAUUUAAAAAAAAUGUCAUCCCUAUGCCCGCAAUGAAAAGGUAUAACUCUAAUUAAUUAACGGGAAAUAAGGACACAUAUGUGCAAUUGUUUUUUUAUUUCUCGCCAACGUUUCGUCACAAUUUGUAACUUUCUCAGGACUAAAAUAUUAAAAUUUACACAUUUGUCAACAA